CGUGUCCACAAUGCCCAAAAGCUUUUUACUUUCAAAACCCUAGACCAAGCGAUCAUCUUCAUCAUCAGUAGUUGAUUGGAGAGUUUGAUAUCAGCUGACGCAAUGGGGAGCAAAGACGCGAUGAUGAUCGAAGAGGAGAGCCACUUGGUCCGCCUCUGCAUCGAAGCGGCGUCGCAGAGCAGGGACGCCGUCGAGUCGUGGCGGAGACAGCGGCGCACCCUCGAGCGCAUGCCCUCUCACCUCGCCGGAGCUCUCGUCCGUCGACUCCUACGGCGGCGGCUGCUCCAUCCUUCCCUCCUCGAAGUCUUCAAAUAUUGCAUAGAGGAUAUUGAUCUUAGAGGUGAGAUCUCGGUGGAUGCAGAGUGGAUGGCAUACUUGGGUGCAUUUCGUUAUUUGCGCUCACUGAAUGUUUCAGAUUGCCGUAGAAUUACUAGUUCUGCCCUUUGGGAUAUUACAGGAAUGGCGAAUUUAAAGGAGGUAGACCUUUCUCGGUGCUCCAAGGUUACUGAUGCUGGCAUUAGGCAUCUUUUGUCGGUUUCAACUUUGGAAAAGUUACAUAUUGCUGAAACAGGAGUGACUGCUGAAGGAAUUUCGCUUCUCUCUUCCCUUGUAAACUUGUCUUUAUUGGACUUGGGAGGUCUGCCUGUCACUGAUCGGGUGUUAAGCUCUCUUCAGGUUUUGACAAAGCUACAGUACCUAGACCUUUGGGGAAGCGAAAUAUCUAAUGAAGGAGCUGCCGUUUUGAAAGUGUUCCCCAUGUUGAGCUUCCUGAAUCUAGCUUGGACUAAGGUUACUGAGCUGCCAAAUUUGUCCACUCUUACAUGCCUAAACAUGAGUAAUUGCAGUGUUCGUUCUCUUUUUGAAGGCCAUGGUGAUAAAGCUCCUUUGACGAAGCUUAUUCUUGCUGGGGCUUCAUAUUCGGAUGUGUCUAAAGCCUUUCUAUAUGUCGCAACCAGUUCCCUAUUCUUCUUGGACUUGUCCAACUCUUAUUUUAACGAAUUCUGCUUUUUGUCUCACAUGAAUGCGCUUGAACAUUUGGAUCUCAGCUCUACUUUGAUCGAUGACAAUUCAGUUGAAAUUAUUGCAUGCAUUGGAGCAAAUUUGAGAAUUUUAAUCCUCGACGGAACAGGAGUUACUGCUGCUGGAUUGGGGAUUUUAGCUGGAAAUGUUCCUACUCUGCAAAAUAUAUCUUUAUCUUGCACACCAGCAGAUGAUCUCGCCAUUUCAUAUAUCAGCAUGGUUCCUUCACUAAAAGUUAUCAACCUUAGCAAGACAAAUAUUAACGGAUUGAUUCACCAAGCGGGGAAUGAGCCAGAGUGGAUUCACUCCCUGACAGCACUGCAAAACAUCACUUGUUUAGAAAGGUUGGAUUUGGAGGAUACAAAAGUUAGUGACGCUGCUCUGCUUCCUCUGACAGGCUUGCAACAGUUGACCUAUUUGUCUCUCAAAAGUGUUUUCCUCACAGAUACGUCUUUGUACGUCUUGCAAUCUCUCCCUAAGCUGACAAAUCUGAGGCUUCAAGAUGCUGUGUUGACCAAUGCUGGGAUUGAUUCAUUUAAUCCACCAGAAACACUGAGAACACUAGAUCUGUGGGGUUGUUGGCUUUUAACGGAAGAUGUUCUUUUGCAAUUUUGCAAAAGGCAUCCUCAAAUUGAAGUAAGGCAUGAACUUGUUCGCAAUGUUCAAUCUGACCAAGAUAGCUCCACAUCUUCAACUCCAUCUCAAUCAACUUUAAAGAUGUUGCAAGUGAAACAGAAGCUGGAGAAAAUGCAUGUGUCUCAAUCCAAUAAGAAUACAUUCUUUGAUCAAAGGUUGAAGUAUAGCAGAGAGGAACUACUUGCGUUGCAGUCUUCGCCGUUAUCACAAGUUCUUCUCCUUGAAAGAGAGGUAAUAUGAUUGCCAAGGUAGCAAAUGUAAGUGAACCUGACAUUGUUCUGUUUGUAUUGUAUCAAUUCUUCUUUCUGUUUGUAUUGAAUCAAAUUAAUAUGGAUAAAAUCAAAUGUGUGAUCAACUUAAGUUCCCUGGCAUGUCCAGUGAGAGUGUAAGAUGCUUGAAACAUUAUCUUGUUUUCAUUAACGAAGUAUGUCAGGUUCGGCUGUGUGAACUUAAGUGGCUAGUUUAUCUGGUAUGUCAUUUAUUGUUCAUUAAUCAUUUCAUUUGACAUCUUAUUAAA